AACAGCUAUUUGUUUAAGAAAGGCUGUCACCCGAAAACAUCCCUGUGCCUCCCUCAGACCGCCACACUCCAGGAGACAGGAGCUGGAAAGCCUGAAGCCGGCUGUGGGGAACUCUGGAGCCUGGAGGCCAUCUUAGCCCCGUGCAGAAGGUAAGCAAAGAGAGCUACCAUGUGCACAGGAAAGUGUUCGAAGUGCAUCGGGAUCACCCUGUUCCCACUGGCAGCGUGUGCCAUAGUCUCCAACAUCCUCCUGUACUUCCCCAAUGGACGAGUUCUGCAGCUCAGCGAGAUAACUGACCUGGUCUGGUUUUUCCAUGGCAUUCUGGGAGCUGGCAUACUGGUUAUUUUGCCGGCAUUCAUGAUGCUGGGAGCAGGCGGAGCAGGAUGUUGCGCUAACAGGUGUGGGAUGCUGGUGUCAGUGGUUCUGGCUGUGCUGGGAUUCCUGGGAGGAGUGUAUUGUGUGGUCAUCUCCUCGCUGGGGCUGAUUGGGGGCCCUCUGUGUGACACAGGUGAUGGAGAAUACCUCUACCCUUUCAGGAAUGACACCCUGGAAGACAAUUACUUGUUCAACCAGACAACAUGGAGCAUUUGCAAAGAACCUGAAAACAUCAUCCUUUGGAAUAUUAUCCUCUUCUCUAUUCUCCUGGCCAUUGGUGUGAUUGAAGCUAUUCUUUGCUUUAUUCAAGUAAUCAAUGGACUUAUUGGCUUCAUAUGUGGCACAUGUAUGAGGAAAAGAAAGACAAAUAUUUCUGGAAUGUGAUCUACAGGGAGUGCCAGGACAAGCCCCAAGCUGCUGAUUCACAUACAAUAAGGAUAAUGAACUGUGCUGUAUUUAUGGGGGGAUGAUAAACAAAACCCAAAAUAUUCAGGAGUUUCAUGGGGCAAAACGAUUUUUUUCAUAAAGAAGUCAGGGUGGAAAACAGCUAGAUCGUUUAGAUCUGAGACUCCAAAUUUUCAUCUCUCUAAAUAUGCCUGCUAAAUGUCAGGUACUAGCAAAAACAUUGAUCCGUCUGGUCCUGCCUGCUGUACUUGUGCAUGAAACACAACAGUCCCCAGAGAAAAGCUCACCACUUGCCCUCUUGUGUAUAUGGGAAAGUGAACUGUUGUUAAUGUAUACAUUUAUCAGCUGCACGAAGCAGGUACUCCCUGGCUGGAUUUAAAUAACCUCCUGUCCUCCAAUAAAACCUACUGUGAGCUCACCUGUCUGCUCCUAUUAACCUGCAAACUGGGCGCUCCCAGGUAUAAAUUAAGAUGUGCAGAGAAUCUAUCAAGCGGUGUUUGCAACACAACAGAGUCAACUGAAGCACAUGGUUUUCAGUCUCCUUCAGCCACCCUGGAGCCAAAUCCCCUUGUGCCGGCGCAGUUGCUUGCUGCCAUGUUUGACAAAGUCUAGCACACUUCUAAAUCAGUUUUUCAGGAAAUCGGAAAGAUGUGGAAGCCCUGGAGGAGCAUUUGGUCGACAUAGACGGUAGGGUUUGGAGCAAGAGUUUAAAAUUGUCUGCUUUAACAAAAUGGUGGAGACCCUCACCACCAAUUUUGCCCUCACAAGACUACAUUUUCCACACAGGUCUGUAGGGCUGUUCUAGAAUGGAUCACAUGGACAAUGCAAUUAACUGGUAAAAAUAAAUAUUACAUUGAUACAGGUAGUAAUUAUGUGCAACUUACUAAUAAAUAAGAGAUACAAUCUGAAAGGCAACAAAUUGCAUCAGUCUUAGUGUUACAGCAACAGUAGUCCCAACCAAGAACUGCAUAAUUCUUCAUCAUCACUCAAGAUCAAGCCCUUGAUGCUAAAGUCCAUGACUGGCAAAUUUCAUAAAUCCCAUCAUUUCAGUGACUUCCUCAAAGGUUAAUUCUUGGACAUGCCACUGACUUCCCCUAGUCAGCCAAACUGUAAUACAAUCUUUAUCCAUCCUGAAUGCAUCUAUGCAGUUACAAAAUUCUGAAUAUAUUUAAAGCACUUGGAGUCUGUUUUUCAAAGAGAGGCAUUUAUGGUUUCUCAGUCAAAAGUUGUUCAUAUUUCUGCAUUGUAGCACAGGAGCAAGUUACUUGAACACAGUUAUUGCAGACACACAUUGCUGUUUGCGCCGUCCUCUAAAUGCAGCACACAGCAUGCUUUGUAUAAAUGUCCCCUUUUUACAAAAUGGGGAAGAAAAUAUCAGUUGCAGUAGAUGCAGAGCACAUGUAAAAUUUGUUGGAGCAUAGCUUCACCCCUAGAAGCAGAUUUGACCUAUGAAGCUUAAAAGCACCUUCUCUAAAAAAAAGCAUAAGACUUGUCAGUUUUCAGUCAUGGCUAUGUGCAUCCAAACCUGCCAGGUGGCUUAAAAAGCUCAUGUUCACUGUCAGCAGUGAAGCCUGGGCAGUGCUGCCAUAUAAAGCAGAGAUCAAAAUAAAGCUGAUUCAACCAGGAAGAGUCAAGGAGGCAGCUAGAAGGAUAAUCAGCAUGUAGUCAGGUGGAGAGAGAUUCCAUCAGCAGAGGGGCUCUAUGAGCUCCUCACGGUCCCUAAAUAUCAGCCCUACCCUCAUCCUUUAGUUCUGUUGCCCUGAGUCUUAUCUCUACGAUAAAGCCUGGUCGGGCUGUGCCAGCACAGGGAGAGGGAGAGGUACCCGCUGGCACACACCACCUCCAGCACCGAAAAAUACAUGCGCUGUACUGCUGGCAUCUGCUUGUUCCAAGCUGUCCUGCCCUGGGGAUGUUUAGUGUCGUCUGUGUGCUUAGGGGCACACCCUCUGUCCUGCCAGCUGGGCACUCACUGGCCUCACUGAUCUGUGUCAAUAUUAAAUAUUGUUAUUCUGAA